AUGGCGAACGUUUUUCCUUUUAACAUCAUCAAAUCCGGUGUGGUCGAAGAUGGUGUUGUGUGGGAAAAUCAAUUGGAUUCUCAAGCAACAAGUCCCCUGAACUUCGUCAACGGAGAGGUCUCCCUGGUAGAAAGCAUCAACGAGAGUUACAUAUCUGCUGUGGAGGAAAAUGAAACCCAAUAUCUAUCAGCGUUGGAAGUCACCAACGAAAACUCCUUGGAAGAUAUGCCCGAUUUAACCUUAACCGAGUCCAAGCUAAACGUUGAAGAAUCCGUAGGAUUCGAGAACCCAACGGUCGAGAAUGAGAAUAACUUUGCACUAACCGAUUCCGGUGAAGUAGUCAUUUUCAACGUAGAAGGUUCCGAUGAACUCUACGGGAUUCAAUUCGCUGAAGAUGGCGAUGGAAACAUUCAUAAAUAUCAAUUCCAGUUUAGGAAAACUGAAGAUGGACAACUUGAAGCGAUGGCAGAAACUAUACAGUUUCUACCAAACGAUGAGGAAGGGCCAGCAUUUACAAUGGAUAGUAAAAAAGAACAUACCGUAGAAGUAGAUGAUGAAAUAGAAAAUGAUUUUAACCAUAAAGUUUACUUAGAAGACAAUAUGGAAGCUAAUAAUUUGCUCAUGACCAAAACUGAGGGUAGCAUCGAACAAAACGAAGAUAUAUUCAAAGAACAAGAAGACAAUCCAUCAAAGGAUUCUCUAAUGGUUUUUAUAAGCGGAGAACAAUUAGACGAUGAACAACAAACGACUUUAACUGAUGAAGUAAACAAUCAAUCGAGUUUAAGUAAUAAAAACGAAAUCGAAUUAGAAUCGCACGAUAUUUUAAACGAUUUAAAUGACGAUCAACCCUCGGAGGAUUUGUAUAAUGCUCCCGAUAUUCUAAGCAAUCAAGACCAACAAGAAACAAUUAUAACAUAUCAACAAAAUUCCGAUGUUGAAGAGAACUCCUGCGAUGGAAAUUUAGAUAUUAAUCCUACCCAAACCAUAGAAAUGGAUAAUAUUGAGGGUUCCAACGUAAUCGUCAUGAGAAAGGACCAGCACAUUUCCGAAUUCGAAGAUUACGAAAUUGUAGAAGGUCUUCCCAUUACCGCCGACGAAGAAAUUAGCGAAGAAGCUUCAUUAGAAGAUGAUCCCGCACAGGAAAUUGUCUACACCGAAACCGCCAUUCUUCCAUUGCAGAAGACCGCUUCCUCCAAAACCACAAACAUAUUGAAACAACCCGUUUGCUCAAGUACACCGAAAAUCGAAUCGCACGACCAGAAAACCAUAUUUUAUUACAUGAUCGCCAACACCGAUCAAAAGGAGAACCUGAACACGCUGUCGAAUCCGCGCAGCUUGCUGAAGAACAACGUGGAAAAGGCCGUCAACAACGACGAGAGCUUGAAGAAAGUACAAAGAGAGAGCCCGCUGGAGAAGCGCUACGCGAGGAGCAAGGAGGCCAUGCAGGCCAAAAUGUUUAAUAAUUUCAUUAAUAGGACUACGAUCCAGCACGCUCCUAUUCGACAAACCCGAUUGCCCAGAAAACAGGAAAUCAAGCCUGUCGAUACCAGAAGCGAUGAAGAAAUCAUCGUGAAAGAAGUAAUGGUGUCUUCGAAAGGAUUCAUAGAGAGUAGUGAACGAUUAAAAAAUUUGGAUAAAUUAGAGGUUACUAGUAUAGUCGAAUUGAGCGAUUCUGAUGAAGAAAGCGAUCCCAAAGAGAACAAACAGAACGGUAUCGAAAAUGACCAAUUAUGCGAUAAACUGUUAUUCGAUAAUUUGAACAGCAACGUUAUUGAAAUAUUACAGUCUGAUGAUGAUGCUGAAAGCGAAGCGAAACCUGCCGACGAUCAACCAGCAAAUCCCUCCGAAGAUAAUUCGAAAAGAAACGGCGAUUGUCAAUUAGUGCCUUCAUCGAAACCGGCCCAAGAAAGUUACCCCCAAAAAAGGAACAAAGCCGGCGAGGUGACGAAUAAACCUCCCGGUGUAACCAGCAAAGAAAUCAUCUGCCCCUAUUGCCCCAAGACUUUCCCGAAUCAAAACAGCCUUUCAACGCACGUGCAACAUCACAAACUAGAGAACACCGUGCGUAAAUAUCAGAAAUUCACCGAGGCCGAUUACAAGCACAAAUGCGACCGCUGCGACGAGAAGUUCAAGAACAACAUUUUGCUGAAGCGGCACUCUUGCAAAACGAAACCGCCCGACCAGAAACACGUCUGCGGCGUCUGCUCCAAAUCGUUCAAAGACCCCCCGGAGCUUAAGAACCACAAGAAGGUCCACGUGAAGGAGAACUUGAUGAUUGCCACCAAUACGGUGACCAUAUCGCCCAAGAAAUUCCUGCCGAGACCGUCGACGGGGGCUUUCAGAGCGCCCUCCAACCCCGCGCCGGCCUUCAAAUGCAAAGAGUGCUCCAAGGUGUGCUCUUCGAAAAAUUUGCUGUUGAUUCACGAGAAAUCGCACAGGAAGUUCACGUGCGUUAGUUGCAGCGCUCAGUUUGGGUCCAAAUUGUUGCUGGAUACCCACGUGAGGACUAAAUGCGUUAAAUCGACACCAGCAGAAAGGAGCAGAAGAUCUUCCAUUCGUGGUGCUCCUUCGAUGAUGAUCAACAGGAAUUCCUGUAAUAUACCAACGAAAUGGACUCCGAAGUCGAAGAGUGGCACGGCUAGUCAAAGCUCGUCGAGAGGGACGACGCCUAGAAAGGCUUUACCGACGGCAGGACCUUCUAAGGCGGUGACGCCGAAAACGCCGAAGAGGACCCUGCUGAACGCCUUUGGAAUUAAAUCCCAGUGCAACGUUUGCUCGAAGAAUUUCAACUCCGUUUCGGACUUGCUUCGGCACAACGCCAAAGAGCAUGGUCACUUUACACCUGACAAAAGUGUGCUGCAGCCGAAGAAAAAGACGCUUGUCAAACCGAUUAUGGCUCAUCAAGGUCUGAAAGUCCAGCAGCGUUUUAUGAAAGUAUUUCAGCAGAGUAAACCUAUCGAUGAAAAGGAUGCGAGCGAAAAUUGA